CAGAGAGCGCGCAAAACACCCUAGCAGCGGGCUGCGAUUGGCUGAUCGAAGAAGCCGAGAGCCCACUGAUUGGCCGAGAGUGAAGCGCUACUGUAAACGAGCACGGACAACAACAAUAUCCGAGCCGAAAUGAGAUCAUACACACUGUAGCGAUAACAACAACCGGACUGGAAAUUUGCCACUCUACUGCUUGCGGCGAGAAGACAAUCACUUCGACUAAAUGUCACGAAAAACGGGAUCUUUUUUCCAUUAUUUUUGGCCGACGACGUUUUCAGAUGAGCACGACUCAACCUUAGAAAUAUGAAACUUAUAUAAAGUAGCAAUUACAGCUAUUGUUGUUGUUUGGGUGUGUCACAUGCCAUGAGGCAGUCAAUAUAUGUUGAGAACUGGAGAAGCUACUCUUAAUCGUACUGGAGAUAAGGAAUAGCAUCUAGGAAUAGCACUGACAACUGAGACGAGCACAUUCAUAUCUAUUGUCCUGGAAUCCGUCCAGAGCGCGUGCCACAGGACUUACAAUGGAUAACACAUUACAUGACCAUCAAGAUGAUUCCAGCACCUGGAAUAACAAAAAGAAAGGAAGAGAAGAGACAAUCAGAAACCAAGGACAACAUCAGGAUCAACCCUUGCCAAACAUUUCUCCUCAAGCAGGGCGUGUGCGGCUCUAUUCGGAGUCUCAGGUGUAUACGGUCAUCCGCUGGCAGGAAGCAGAGCCUCAGGAUGGAGCAGUGGCGGAGGAGAACGGAGGAACCAGAGAUGGACUUUCAUUCAGAGGUCGUUCUCAAUCUGCUCCUGCUGCGCUGUGGAAAGCAAAGAAGUACGGGCGACAGCUGAGGAGAAUGAGCGAUGAAUUUGACACAUGGCUCGACAAAGGGGUCAAAAGAGCGAACAGCCAGAAACAGAGCUACCGAGGAUGGUUCUCGUUCCUCUGGAGUCCCAAAGAAGAGGAGGGCAGAGAAUAAAGUUGUCUUGCUUUAAACACCAUAAUAACAGUUACCAGAGAGCUGCUCUCAGAUGAAGGCUGGUCUGAUCACCAUCAUGGCCUUUUUGUCAACCAAUGUGCUGAAGCUAGUACAAAACCAAUCUGAGAGAAUGGUAUAACGUCUGCUAUAAUGUACAUUUAAUUAAAGGAAUUGUCAGUGUUAAUUCAAUUUGACAAUCUUAAGGGGGACAAUCUCUUCUAAAAUAUACCAGUUCAUUGGACAAUCUUUCUAUAUUCUGAUUCAAAAAAAUGAAACUCUAUUUAAAAACUAUUUAUUGAUAUGUAUUAAAUUCAUAUUUGACAAAGAAAUGUGUUCUAAGAUGUAUUUUAUAGAUGGACAUAUAGGUGUGUGUUUUGUUGUACUAAAGGCUGGAGCGGUUGCUUGCAAAAUGUAAAUAGAAUUCAAGGACUGUGACACUGGAUAAAGUAAGUUGUGAAGUACAGGUUAGUGACGGUAAUAAUAAUACGGGUAAAGUUCUUUCAGUUCAUUUGUUGCUUCAUCUCAGGUUUGUUUGUUUUUUAAUGCCAAACUGUUGUGGUGAAGUAAGAUUGGAUGAAAUCAGUUGUUCUGCCAUCUCUUUUUAUGCUGACUAUACUUGGGUAUGUCACCAGGAAAACAAUUUCUCACUGCCUUUCAUGUGCAUAUUUCUUGAUUGUAGAGUUGUCUGUAGUCUCUAUUGGAUUUUUUCUUUUUAUAUUCCAUCUGCUGGUCUUGUAUGUAAAACAACAUUCAAUUUUUGCCAAUCGUAUGUGCAGAUGAACAGCACAAGUUCUGUUUCUGUACUAUCAGCCUUGAUGAUACUUUCAUUCCUUUUUUCACGCUCCUUGUACAUAUUUAUACUCGUCAACGUAGAUUGAGUAAUGGAUGAACUGUUUUAAUACUUUUUAAAACAAUCACAAGUUUUUAUCUUUUUUCUAUAAUUUUGUGGUCAAAAUAAAAGAUUUUCUGGCUGAA